CAUUCAGGGAGGUUAUUGUCGUGUUACUUCGUCGUUUCUAACUUCUCAGUCCGUAACUUCAAAUUGUACUAUCUGUAUGAUGACUUCCAAACUAAAAAAAACAUCUGAGGAUGAGCCGAAAAGAAAAUUCGACAAGAAAAAAUGGAGAGAAAUUAAAUACAGCAAAGCUGCGAGAGUGAAACAAUGGGAAGAGAAGAGGAGGAAAGUUAUGAAGCACAAGCUUAACAAACAGCUUAGGAAAGAAGGAUUCACACAAAAAGACCUUUCCCAAUCGUCAAAUCAGGAAAAGGGCAGAUUUAAAGAAAAUCACAAACAAAAAGUCACCCUACAACAGACCCUCGCUGAAAAGAAAAAGCAACGGGAGCAAGAAGAACAGGAUAGGCUGAAACGAAAAAAAGAGCAACAAGAAGCUUUACAACAGUAUAAAAUUAAAAAGUUGGAAAGGGUUAAAAAAUUGUCAAGGAAAACCAGGAAAGGCCAACCGCUCAUGAACCCCAGGAUAGAACUCCUUUAUAAACAACUGCAGAGUAGUAUAUCAACUUAAAAAUAAGUAUAAUGUAUUUUAAUUUGUAAAUAAAACAUUUGUAUUGUAUC